AUUGGAAGAACUCGUGAAAUUGUCAAUAGUAAAUAUAAUACCCUCUGUAAGCUAUAGAGUAUGCAAGUUUCCUCACGAUGUUUUCUUUAAUUCAAUAUCACGUGUUUCAAACGGUGAAGGAAAAUAAAGUUAGAUAAGCAAAAUAAGCUUUGUAGACAUAGUUCUAAAAACUAGAAAUAGAAAAAGGUUUAUUAGAUUAAAAAAUUACAACACAAGAAGUACCUACAUAAAACAAAAGAAAAAUCUGUAUAAAAAAGCAUUUUUCGCUUAAACUCGUGACCUUAAGGUAUCGCGUUUGGCUGCACCUGUCAACGAUUUACGUAAUAGAAGUAUUAAAGUUAAACUAACAACGAACAAACUGACAAUUUUAAUAUGUUUGUAUUGUAAUAGCAACUACGUUAUUGUGAUGUUCCACUUACAAAUCUCGCAGGAUUUUCUGACACAGUCAGACGCGUCAGUCAGAACUUGUCAUGGCGCGUGUUGACACGCCACUCCGAACAGUAACAGUAAAACCGAAAAGUGCAAAUUUACACAGAUUUCUAUUACUUAUAUUAGUAACGACACUAUUCACGGCGGCUUAUUUUAUAUCGAAGCGACCGUUGGACGUUUUGGGCGAUUCGUCUGAUCAGUUCACAGUUAAGAACGUGCCGAGCUAUACUAGAUUGGAGCGAUUGGAUCCUGAAGAAAGGGACGUGUUCCAAGGUUUCCGAACGUCGUUUCUACCUCCCGAUGAAAUUGUACUCUCUCGAAAGGACCAGAGUACAAAAUCGGAGUUGUAUCAGGGAAAUGUUACCAAUGAUAUAUUAGUUUGGGAUGGCUUUGGAAAUAAGCAGCGAUCACCAGCCAGAGUUAAAAGAAGAAGCCGUUUUAGUUUUGCAUCACAAGAUUAUGAACACGCAAGUCAAAUUCCUUACAAAACUGAUGAGACUAACGAACAUGAUGAAGGAGAAGGUGAAGGUGAAGAUGAUGAAGAAGAGGAUGUAGCCGAACCGGAAUACCAAAGCGAUUCGCAAGAACAAGAUGACGAUGGGCGAACCAUACACAGUGUCGUGCAUCAAGAUAUUUACGUAGACCGUGGUCCAUUGGACGAUGUUGAACAAGUACGCCGGCAACCUGAACUUGAAGAAGGUGAAAUGGGUUCGGCAGCACACAUAUACAAACCAGUCAAAUCAUACAGCAGCACAGGCAUUCACGCAUUUUGGAAAGGUCAAGGUGAAAAGCAAAGUAUCAGGUUAACUCAAGCAAACAUAAUGAAACAAUACAUGGAUGCAGGAGCCGAUCCUUGUCAUGACUUUUAUCAGUACGCUUGUGGAAAUUGGCCUACUCUUAAUCCUAUUCCAGCUGAUAAAGCUGGAUACGAUACUUUUGAAAUGUUAAGGGAGAAUUUAGACACAGUAUUAAAAGAUCUAUUAGAAUUCAGGAAAAAUGAAUACGUAUCAACCAAUUAUCCAGGUUCACAUUUAGAUGUGAAAGAUAACUUUUUGACUAUGUCACACCAUUGUAAAUGUCCCAGUAAAUCACUUGAUUUAGACCUAGAUGUCGUAAUUAACACUGAUGAGGUAAAUUCAACAGAAUAUAACAUUUAUAAUGAGUUUAACAACACAAGAAAGGAUAAGUCUGAAAUAAUCAAUCGUAUACGUAGAUAUUUGGAUAAAAAGGUAAAAGAAUUAAAGAAACCGAAGUUCAAGUUACGAAAAUGUGUAUUUGAAAAGGAACACAAAAAGAAUUAUAUUAAUAGACAUAGAAGAUAUCUCUUAAGCAAUUACAAAACUGAGAACUUGAUAUCAAAGAAAAAACGUUCUAUUGGUUUGAGUAAAGGCUCUAAAAGUAGAAAAGGAUCAUUUUUUAAAAGAUUAAAAAGAAUAGAACCUUUAAGUACAAUAAUAUUUAAAGCCCAGGACAAAACUGAACGAGAUAAAAGUUUGAUAACAGACGAUGCAGCCCUAAAAGCAAGAUUUCUCUUCAAAUCUUGCAUGAACCAUGACAUUUUGAAAAGAAGAGGACACCAACCCCUUUUAGAUUUACUAGAUUCUUUAGGCGGGUGGCCAAUAUUGAAGCGUGAUUGGAACGGGAAGGAUUUUGAUUGGCUAGAACUUAUGGCUAAACUUAGAUUAUACAAUAACGAUAUCUUAAUAUCGGAAUGGGUAGGCCCUGACAUUAAAAAUUCUGAUGAAUUUGUCAUUCAAUUUGAUCAAACCAGCCUUGGUUUGCCGACAAGAGAUUAUUUUCUCCAAAAAUCCAACAAAAUGUAUCUGGAAGCUUACAAAGAAUAUUUAACAAAAAUCACACUAUUACUGGGUGGUGAGCCUAGACAUGUUAAAACUAGUGCAGAUAAUCUGAUCCAGUUUGAAAUUGAAUUGGCAAAAAUAACUUCAGCGCCAGAAGACAGACGAAAUGUAUCGGAACUCUAUAGACGUAUGACUCUUGCAAAGAUGGAGCGAUUAGUUCCAGAAAUACAUUGGAGGAGAUACCUUUGCAUAGUUAUGAAUAGGACGGUACAUGCUCAAGAAACGGUUGUACUCUUUGCACUAAACUACGUCAGACACUUAGUCCAAUUGAUAAAGAAGACGGAUCAGAGCACUUUAUCAAAUUACCUGCUGUGGCGGUUCGUCAGGCAUCGAGUGAACAACCUGGACGAUCGCUUCCAAUCUGCCAAACAACAAUUCUACUACAUUUUAUUCGGCCGAGAACAAGCGCCGCCAAGAUGGAAGAAUUGUAUAUCGCAAGUCAAUUCCAACAUGGGGAUGGCUUUAGGCUCGAUGUUCGUACAAAAAUACUUCGACGAAAUGAGCAAAAACGAUACUUUGACAAUGACAAGAGAAAUUCAACAGGCUUUCAGAGAACUACUGCACACCACCGAUUGGAUAGAUAGUGAAACCAAAAAACUUGCGGGACACAAGGUAGAUUCGAUGAUGUUGCGCAUUGGGUAUCCAGAUUUCAUUUUGAACAAGAAAGAACUGGAUGAACGGUAUAAGGAAGUUAGGAUACAUCCGGAUAAAUAUUUUGAGAACAUAUUGAAUAUUCUUCAACACUUAACUAAAAUGGAACAAUCGAGAAUAGGACAGCCCGUCAACAAAACCUUGUGGAACACCGCACCAGCUGUAGUGAACGCCUAUUACAGCAGGAACAAGAACCAGAUCAUGUUCCCCGCCGGCAUCCUUCAACCGCCCUUCUACCACAGGCACUUCCCUAGAUCACUCAACUUUGGAGGGAUCGGCGUAGUUAUCGGGCACGAAAUAACACACGGUUUCGACGACAAAGGUCGACUGUUCGACUGUGAAGGCAACCUCCACCGCUGGUGGUCCGACAGAGCCAUCGAGGUGUUCCACCAGCGCGCCCAGUGCCUCAUCGACCAGUACGGCCGGUAUGUCGUGCCGGAGGUCAAUAUGAAGUUGGAUGGAGUUAACACGCAAGGAGAAAACAUAGCAGACAACGGUGGAGUGAAGCAAGCUUUCCGCGCGUACCAAGACUGGCUGCUGCACCACGAUGCAGCUGAUGAGACUCUUCCAGGUCUCAACCACACACACAAACAGCUGUUCUUCUUGAAUUUUGCGCAGGUGUGGUGUGGCGCAAUGCGACCUGAAGCGAUGCGCAACAAACUCAAAACAGCGGUCCACUCACCAGGAAGAUUCAGGGUUAUUGGAACACUGUCAAACUCGGUGGACUUUGCCAGAGAAUUCCAGUGUCCACCUGGAUCACCUAUGAACCCUGUGCAAAAAUGCAGUGUUUGGUGACAACAGACCUUUAUGUUCUGUUAAUAAGGAUUAAGAAGAAACCUAAAUGAAUACGAGAGUAGACACCCGAGUUUUUCGUGCAAUAUGUAAUAGGGCAAGAUGAAUACGCAAGAGACUAGCUUAAAAGGGUUAGAACUCAGAACCGUAAAGCCAAAAAAAAGGAAUACACAUUCAAAAUGUGAUAGCCAGGCUAUUGUGUUUUUAUAAAAGCUAAAAGUGUGUUAGCUCAUGCUUAUGGUAAGUACGAUAGACACAUAUGCUGAUUGGAUCGUGGUGAUCUUGGUAGGUAGCAGUUUUUAAGGGUCCAGAUUGAAUCGUCCAAGUUUAAAGUAUAUAAAUUAACUAUAACGGUUAAAUUAUUGUUUAAGCCAGAUGAAUCACUUUGGCAAUCAAUGGUUUAGGAGAUGAACGUUAGAAUUAGAAAAGCAAAUGGUUCGAAUGUUGUCGCAGAGAUUUGCCUUCUCAGCAGAGAAUCAUCAUUUUUCAAGAAAAAGAGUUGAGUUGCCUGCCUUUUUCGGAUACGUUUAAAUACCUAGCGGAGAUUUGACAAGCUCGACAUUUCCAAAAGUGUUUUUGUAUUUUCCAUAUAGAUCCGCCUUUUAGUGUACGUUAAUUUUGUGUUUGUUAACCAUUAAGUUGUUAUAAUAUUUUGUUUGUAAUGUUUUAUUUUUAGUUACAAUUAAUUUGUAAGAGUUUAUUCUGUAAAUAUAAUUGUUUUAAAUUU